CCACAAUCCAUCUAGCCAAGUCAAAACCUUACAUGCUUUGAUGUUUUUGGAUGGAAAAUCAAAAUAAAAUUCUACAUACCCGACUUGCCACAGCUUCAUCGCAGCAGAAUCCAAUCGUUUCAAAACCCUAGCUCAGGGCAUGGUUUCCGGCAAGCAGGGAGCAGAGAGGGCACUGUUCCUUUUCUACGGAUCUGGUGGCGGAGACCUUUUGUCGUAGCAAGAUGCAAGAGUUUCAAAACCGUAGCCCAGGGCAUGGUUUCUGGCGAUCGGUGAGCAGAGAUAACACUGUUCCUUUUCUACGGAUCUGGCAGAGCUUGAGAGAAGUAUGAGCGGAGGACCCUAGAUAAAAUGACCGUUUAGCUUCUCCAACACAAUCUCUCUAAUCGAUGAAGUAGAGCGCAGAAAAGGGAGAGGAGAGUCGUGCGGCUAGCUGCUGCGGAAGAGCAGAGCCAGAGCGACGUAGAGGAAAGAAAAAAAAGAAGGAGAAAAGGUCGUAUAUACGCAUUGUUACCUGACUUUUGGGCCAUUCACAAUGACCAUGGAAGGCUGUGAGGUGCUUGUCGAAAUUCCCGUGAGAGCUGAGAUAAAAGGGAUUGAGUUUUCUGAAGAAGAUCAAGGGAAGAAAGAUGGUGACAGCGAAGGCAUUGGGUCGUCCCCCAGGGGAGUUUUGGAGAUCCCUUUGUCGGGUUCGUCCGAUUCUGAUAAUAGCAGCACUGAGGGGACCGGAAGUUUUGAGGAAGACAAGCCAGAGGCAGCCUACUCUCCAGGUGGGGGCCUGAGGGACCAGCUGUUCGACCCGUAUGCGAUGCAAUGGAAGAAUUUGUUCAGUUCAAUUAAGAGGAAAUCUGCGAGGAGCAUCUCAAUCAUCCCAUUGCUUGGAGGUGUUGAGAUGAUCACAAGGAAGAGCAGGAAGAAGUUGUCAGGUAGCAACCGCAUCUCCGAUGAUUGUGGUGAUUUCUUGAUUCCUAAACCUUCUUGGAAGAAUUUUAGUCUCCGCGAGCUCGCGGAUGCCACUGAUAAUUUUAGUCCUGAUAAGUUGAUUGGGAAAGGGGGCCAUGCGGAAGUGUACAAGGGAUGCUUUAGCGAUGGACAAACUGUCGCAGUGAAGAGGAUAACAAAGCAAAAUAAAAAUGAUGAGGACAGAGUUGGAGAUUUCUUGGCAGAGCUAGGGAUCAUUGCUCACAUCAAUCACCCUAAUGCUGCAAAGUUAAUUGGUUUCAGUGCUGAUAACGGUUUACACCUUGUUCUCCAAUAUCUCCCUCAUGGAAGCCUGGCUACUGCUUUACACGGUUCACAAGAUUGUUUGGAAUGGAAAGUGAGGAUAAAAGUGGCUAUUGGGGUAGCAGAAGGAUUGCAUUACCUUCAUUCUGAUUGUCACAGGCGCAUCAUCCACAGAGACAUCACUGCUUCAAACAUAUUGCUUACGGAGGAUUUUGAACCACAGAUAUCGGACUUUGGACUGGCAAAAUGGCUCCCAGAAAAUUGGGUGAACCAUGUAGUUUCCCCAAUCGAAGGCACAUUUGGAUAUAUGGCUCCUGAAUAUUUUAUGCAUGGAAUUAUUGAUGAGAAGACUGAUGUCUUUGCCUUUGGGGUUUUGCUGCUUGAACUUAUAACUGGUCGCCGUGCAGUUGAUUCUUCAAGGCAAAGCCUUGUGAUUUGGGCAAAACCUCUGCUAGAGAAAAACGACAUCAAAGCAAUAGCAGAUCCCCGUCUGGGAGAUGCGUAUGACACCGAUGAAAUGAAGCGCGUCAUGUCUGCAGCUGGAAACUGCAUUCAUCACGUGGCCAACAAUCGCCCCACCAUGAAGAAGGUUAUCCAGAUUCUCAAAGGGGAGAAAGAAGAGGUGGAAAUGAAGCCGAAGUCGAUGGAAGGGAGACCGCUGUUCUCUGGUUCUAUAGACUUGGAAGACUACACCUCCACAAUGUAUCUCACGGAUCUCAAUCGCCAUAUGCAGCUAGUAAUGGAAUGAUACUUAUGAUGAGUCCUUCUAACACCGUUUCUUCCAUUUUUUUGUUGUUAAAAAAAAACCCAGUGUUGUUGUAUAUAUGAAGAAGAAGCUUCAAUAUGUGAAUGUGUUGAGUGUUGUAGCACUAGCAGCUAAGGACAAUAACUUUGGGAUGUUUAUAUGUGUAUGGUGUGUAUUUAUAUCAGUGGCUGCCUGCCUCCCAGUGAAAAUGCAUUAGAGGGCCAGCAGCAAAGAAUGACACAGUAGGAAAGUAUGUAGUGCCUUUCAGUUUUAUGGUCUAUUAUUACAAGCUAUAUUUGCGGAAGAAAAUCAAGAGUUUCUAUAACU